CGAGGUAAGACGUGUCGCGCGAACGAAAAUGUAUUUCAUCGAACUUUAACCAGGACAAUAUCGUGUCUUCCCAAAUAUGGUGACAGGAUAAGUGUAAUAGCGUGACUUGAAUCGUGAUUCGAUAACACAAUAGAUUUUGAUAUCAAACAAUAGUCGCGGACGGAUAUAGUGCAUCGCUAUUUAAAAGUGAUAAAAAAGCUGUGAAAUCGGUUCCGACUCGGAAAAGAAAUAGUUAUUUUAUGCGUUUGCAUUGAAAAUUGUAUACAUUGUGUCAGUUCAUGAACAUAUACUAUGGAAUGAUAUUUGCACUUAAUGGACGCGUUUUGUAAGGAAAAAUGUUGGCCGUGAAGAAUUUCUUUAUGCCGGAAAAGAGGGUGGACUCGCCGAGGUUUUCGAGGAUGCCGGAGGCUCUGAUGCGAUCCAUAAGACGUAGGUCUUUGAGGGUCAAGAGGACUAAGUCUCUGGUACUCGUGAACGAGAAAAGAAAGUCCGAUUCAUUCGUGAACAGUCAAGAAUGGACGGCGUCGCGCGGUGUUACCGAGUUGCGCGUAGGAGUGCUAGGCUCCCCGGACAGUGGCAAAUCAGCGUUGGUCCACAGAUAUCUAACGGGGGCGUAUAUGCAAGAAGAAAGCCCUGAAGGUGGGCGUUUUAAGAAAGAGGUCAUUAUCGAUGGCCACAGUUACCUUUUACUCAUCAGGGAUGAGGGCGGCGCGCCGGAGAUGCAGUUUACUGCUUGGGUAGAUGCCGUAAUAUUCGUAUUUAGUCUCGAGAACGAUAUCAGCUACAACACCGUUUCGAAUUACUUCAAUAAAAUGUCCCACUAUCGGAAUUCAGCUGAAAUUCCGAUCAUAUUGGUUGGGACUCAAGAUGCCAUAAGUGAAAGCAGUCCGCGCGUUGUGGACGACAACCGCGCUCGUAAAUUGUCGAAUGAACUACGGAGGUGCUCUUACUACGAGACGUGCGCAACGUACGGCUUAAACGUAGAACGUGUAUUCCAAGAUGCUUGUCAGAAGAUAGUUGGUACGAGAUUAUCAGCAUCAUCCCAGUGUCUGUCUGGUGGUUCGAGGCCAGUUACUCCACAGCCAGUGGCAAACUCACCAAGCCAUAACCAUUCCACAUUCCUUUAUAAGGAAUCCCUCCCACGCGGCCAUCAUACACUAUCCGCGUCAUCACAUCAUCUCCACCGCGGCGCCUCGUCUUUCGACGCGUCAUCUAACAGCAGCGGGAUAUCGUCAACUCACGUUGUCGAAAUACACAGCACGAACGGCUCUGACACUUCAUCAAGAUGGGGCAACUCUCUCGGCAGCCACGGAUCGUCAACAGGCCUCGUAUCCAUAGCAACGGAGAACAACAACGUCAAGUUCACGGCACCGCACUGCUUGGAUAACUUACAAUUAUCGAAAGAUGUCAAAGACCUACCCACACCUUCGUCCACUCCAACCACAUCAAGGAAGUCGAGGAGAAGAUCCAAUCUAUUCACGCCCUCGAAGAAGGGCGACGAUAGAUUAAAGAAUGGGGAGCUCGGAUCUGGGAGAGCGAUACCGUUAAAACAGGGGUAUUUGUACAAGAAGAGCAGUAAAGCACUGAAUAAGGAGUGGAAGAAGAAAUAUGUAACUUUAUGUGAUGAUGGAAGAUUAACUUAUCAUCCUAGUUUACAUGAUUACAUGGAGGAUGUAAACGGUAAAGAGAUAUCACUGCAAUAUGUGACUGUCAAGGUACCGGGACAAAAACCUAGAGGAUCCAAGUCUAUCAUCACAACGGUACCCGGAUACAACGGGUACACCAGCAUGGAUAUACAUGACAGCAUCGGAGGUUUAUCCCUAGGCUACAAAGACAAACCAACGCGAGCAACGGAUAAAGCAUUAUUAUCAGCGUUCGAUACGAUGAAGGAGCCCGCGUCCAGUCGGCAGUCGCUCGCCUCCGAGGUGGACGUGUGUUCCACAAAUGGCACGGACAAGGACACGCCGCAUGUCAAAAAGAGGCACAGGCGGAUGAAAAGCAGCGGCGUUAAAAAGGAUGGAGAUGAAGAUGCCGAAAGCGCGACGUCGUGCGAAUUCACAAUAGUCAGCUUGGACGGCAAACGGUGGAGGUGGGAGGUGGGCGCCGGCGGGAACCCGGCCGCCUGCGCCGCCGAGCGGGACGCCUGGGUCGCCGCCGUCGAGGCGCAGAUACUCGCCUCGCUGCAGGGACGGACAUCUCGUCAGCCGAUGCCGACGGGCGCGAACUCCACGGGUGAUGUGCGCGCCACGUAUUACAUCCGCCGGGUGAAGGGCAACGACAAGUGCUGCGACUGCGGCGCUCAGGAUCCUGAUUGGGCGAGCUUAAACUUGGGCGUGUUAAUAUGCAUCGAGUGUUCCGGUAUACACAGGAACCUCGGCUCGCAUAUAUCGAGGGUGCGGUCCUUGGAUUUGGACGAGUGGCCGUUGGGUCAUGUGAGUGUGAUGGUGACGAUGGGUAACGCUCUAGCUAAUUCAAUAUGGGAAUCAGACCUACGGGGUCACGUCAAACCCAUAGCUACUUCAACGAGGGAAGAGAAGGAACGAUGGAUCCGGCUGAAGUACGAGCGGCGCGCGUUCCUGUCGGGCGAGGCGGCGGCGGCGGCGGGCGGCGCGGACGCGCUGCGGGCGGCCAGCGCGCGCGGCGCCGUGGGCGCGCUCGCGCGCCUGCUCGCCGCGCCGCCGCCGCGCGCGCCCGCGCCCGCCGAGCGCGCGCUCGCCCUGCGCGCCGCCGCCGCCGCCGGCGACCUGCCCGCCGCGCAGCUGCUCAUCUGGCACAACGGCAACCCGAACUUCCCGGACGCUGACGGCCACACGUGCGUGUUCUACGCCCGAGCGGCCGCGAACCACCUGUCGGGUAUACCCACCCAGUACCCGAAAAAUCUUCAAAUCACGUGUCCGCUCCACCCCAACCCCCCCGCGAGUUCCGGAACUAAUUCGACAAGCUCCAGCUCGAGUACGAAGAGUACGAAAAUACCGGAUCCCGAAUGUAAUUGUAUCAUAUUCGAGUUGUUGAACGCGCAGAGCGCUUCGAACGCACUUGUCGAAAUUUUUAUCGGCUUACAGAACAACCAGUACAUGAGUAACGGGUUCGAUUCCUUCAGUCAGACGCUAGGCAGGCCUCUCGGGCCUAAUUUAUCACUAACCAAUGGCAAGUGCGGGAGCAUUGUAUAAUUAUUUCUAUUAUAAUUCUACGUUUUUGUAGUUCGUUUAGUAUCGGAUGUUGGAACUUGGUUUUGAUAUCUGGUGACUCAUUGCAGGCAUAAAAAGAAAUUUUAUAUUUCGAAAUAAAUAUUAUUCUUAAAUGUAUUAUAUAAUAAUUUAAUCUAUAUAGACAAUUAUAAUUAUUACAAAUUUAAUUAUAUAAAAUAUGUUGUCGCAUAAUAUUUUGUGAUUUUCCUCUCUGACACCAUUAAUAUUAUCUUAAACAUUCUGUAUUGAAUAUUUUGUCAAUGAGCCACCAGUAUAUUAUGUAAUAAAUGUCGUUUUAAGUCUUUAAAAGCGAAUUCUAUAUGAAAUUCGACAGAUGUCUCAUGAAUCAUCAUACAUAGUUACCAAAAUCACCGAGUAUACACAUUAGUAUUUGCAUAAAUAAUAGUAUAAAUAUAGUUUAAAAAAAGAUAUUAGUUUUUAAAUUAAUAUAAGGGUUUUUUUUUUCUUAAAGUGACACACAACUUUUUAUGUUCACAUUUUUAAAUAAAUUAUUUUUUUUUUAAUUAUAGAUUAAAAAAAAAGCCGCUCUUAAUUAUCAAAUUUCUUUGUAAUUAUUUCUUUUAUAUCAGUUUUCAUUUGCUGAAUGAAGUUAUUUGCUAUUUUUUGUGAUGUUGGAUAAGGUAGGGAUCGGUUGACCUACCGGUAGCUCGAUGGGAUACAGAUUAAAAAUAAUACGUUUUUGUAAUUUAAUAGUACCGAGGUGCUGAAAUUUUCUAUAUGAACAAAAUUUUUUUUUAUUAUAGUUUUUGGUGCUCAUUUAAUUUUUAAUUUAGUUUGAAAGUGCUAAUCCAGGUGGAUCAGUUUUAAAAGUGUUUUAUAUAUUUGUCGAUUUUUUUUUUCUGGCCAAUUUUUGGGCAAAAGUCAAAAUAAAACGAUCUAUUAUGAUUCAAUCCGAUCACAUUUUAAUAUCAUUUUAUAAAUCUUAUCCAAUUAUGUAAAAAUUACAUGGCUCUAUAUCAAAACUACUUACAACGUGAAAUUACUCUAAUGACUGGCUGCUGAGAGAUUGCAUUCCUGACAAGUCCUUGAUUAAAAUGACGAUGGAACCAUAAAAUGGCGAAGAAUUUGCUAUAUUACUAUUAUUAUAUUGCAUAAUAUCUUUAAAAACUAUUGGCUUGACGUAUAAAUUGCAAUUGAUUAAUUAAACGAUACGCUGUCUUCUUCCUUCGAAUGUCGAAUCAAUGAUGUCAGAAAGAGAAAACAGAGUUUAACUAAAUAUCCGCGAAGCAACGUUUAUAAGUUGGAAGAUACAUCAUUAUGUCACUUUUUUUCUAUCAGUACUGCGCUGUUACAUUGUUUUGUCAACUGUUUAUUUUUGUAUUGUAGCAUUUGUCACCAAGUAAUACACGUCAUACACGCAUUCUCUCAACGGCCGGACUUUAAAGUUUGUCAUUCAAUAAUCAUGCCACUUCAAGUCAUGCCAAGUUAUGUCAACGGUGCUUUUCUAUACAUCUCUCUUGAAUGGUACCAUUAUAUAUUUUACACCACUAAACAAAUUCGCUGUAUAAUACUAUUAUAUUAUAUUGGACAAUACUUGGAGUUUUUAGAAGAUAAUGGGUAAUGAAAGUAAUGGGUGUGCAUAUAGCUUUAUAUAUAUUGGAUUUAAAUGAGUUGAAGUUUUUUAUGUGAAUUUGUCUUAAUAAUAUUGUCCAGUAAUAACCGGUGAAUGAAUUAAUAAUGACAGAAAGUAAUUACGCCCGUUAUUAUAAAUGUUAUUUAGCGGACGAUCAGUUAAACAAUGCUCUGUAUCUUUCUUUCGAAUGUGAAAUCAAUAAUGAGAGAAAGAGAGAAAUCAAUGUUUAACUAAACAGCUGCUAAGUAAUGUUUAUAAGUAAGGCGGUUAGUGUACAAGUAUAAUGUAUCGUUUUUUUUUAACAUGAGAAAUUUUAAUUGUUUAAUUUAUUAUGUAAAUAUGGUUUGAAUUUCUACAUGUCUCCUUAUAUAAAAUCAAUUUUUAAAUUAGAUAAAUAUUUAUUAUUAUAUAAUAUUAUCUUUCAAAUAUCGAUUUUGAUAAUAUUUUUAAAAUGGAAAAGAUACGAUUAUAAUAACAAAUGUAAAAGGUAAAUAUUUCUAAAAGUAAGCAUGCUGCAGUCCCACUGCUGGGGCUAAGGACUCCUUUUGAGGUUCGGAGCUUACUCCACGGUGCUCCAAUGCAAGUUUAUGGAAGAUCUUUUUUUUUUUAACAUAAAUAUGUAAUGAGCAAUGCGACAAAUAUUUUGAUUGAAAUUUUUAAUCUAUGCACAAAUAUUCGUUUUUAGUGAUGUGAUAUAUAUUGUAAUUUUUCAAUUUUACCGAAAUUUCAUAAUGAACGUUAACUCUAUGAAAUAAUUGACUUAUUGUAAUAUUAGAUUUCGAUUCAAUUCUCAAUGUUCUAUCGUUUGAGUUAUGGAUGUAAAUCCACUUUGAAAUUAAUUAUUAAUACAUUUCAAUUUGAUAUCGAAUAUGCCUCUCAUAUCACAAUUGUCGUUGAAUAUAUAAUAACUAUGAAACGCAUCACACUAUGUUUAUUAUUAAAUAGCGGAACGAUCCGAAUUUGUCUAUAUUUUUUUUUAUCGAUAUUCUAUCGAAACGGAGAUUUCGCAUAAUUAAUUUCGUGACGAAAAUUUUUACAAUCGUAAGAUUAAUCGUUUAUAUAUAUUAUUCGUUUCGAUAGAUUAUCGAUUUUGACGUAGAUAUAGUAAUUUUUUUUUUUUUAUUUUUUUUUUUUUUAAAUUAGAUGUAACAUAAAUUAUUGAAAUAGUAUACAAGAUCUCAGCUCAACGCUAUUCGUAGGUAUAAUUAGUGUAAUUUAGUGGUAAUAUAUGUCGCUUUUUUCCUACAUCCCUUGGGUAUUGGAUAUGAAGUAUAUAAUAACAAUAUACCUUGGUCGUUUCGUAUUCGAUUCAAAAUAAUCGAUUUCGAUUAUUAUUCGAUACGUAUCGAAUCGGGUGUUUAUAUUCGAUUCUUUUAAAAGGCGAUUAACAAAAAUUUUUUUGUUUUGUUUUUU